AUGUGUUUUCCUGACUGAAUCACUAGUUCAUUGAGUAUGAGAACAAGUCAAAGACGGAGACAAACAAUGGGUGAAUUUAUGUGGAUUUUACUUUGUAUGAUUUUUCUUCAAUUAACAGCAGAUGUUAAUGGAAACAACAUCAGUGUCUUCGUCCAGAAUGGAAAUGAUGUCACUUUGCCUUGUAUGAAUGUGAUCAGUGGUCAACAUAGAUGUGAGAAGACUACAUGGACUUUCAAAGCUUCAGUAAGAGAAUCAGCAGUGGAGUUAAUUAAAAAUGGAAAGGUUAAAGAAUCUGUUUUAAAUCGAUCAGACAGAAUGAAUAUUACAGGAGACUGUUCUCUGCUUAUAAACAAAGUCACAUUCUCAAGUGCAGGUCAGUAUUACUGUAAACAGAGCCAUGAAUCAAAAGAACACAAUGAUGACGCUGAGGUUCAUCUGUCUGUUGUGACCAUGACUGAAAGGAACGACAGUAAUGUGCAGUUCAUCUGCUCUGUGUGGGCACAAAAAAAAUGUGAACACACAGUGAAGUGGCUGUAUGAUGGUGAAGUAAUGAACAGUGUGACCAAAGAUUCAAAGAUAUCAUACAUCUGUUUGGCCUCUGUGACCUUGGAUAAUAAACCAAUAAAUUAUGAGUUGCUGGAGUGUGAAGUGACAGAUGCAGACAGUAAAAAAGUGCAUCGCUUUCCCUUUAAAUCUCCAGUUCAGGAAACAGGUGAAGAUGAAACUAAACCAACCACAACAGCAUCUACAACAACAGAAGAUCCUGUUUUUUUUAUCAGGCUCAUCAUUGUGUGUGUGGGUUUAACAGGCCUCUCAUUGACUGCUUGUGUUCUCCCCCGGUGGAUGAAUAGGAAACGGAAUACGACACAGAUCAGUCAAAAUGAAGUGGUCAUGUCUCACCGUGUUGUGGAGGCUUCUGCAGCCUCCGCCGACCCUGACGUCACUUAUGAAAACCAGCAAAACACAUAAGAGGACACAGAGUCGUCUGGAACAUCUCACCCAUCAGCGUUUAAUGGGUUUUCUAUCUAUCUAUAUAGACAUGAUCUUUCUGAGUCCUGUGUAUUUAGUAAUUUCUGAAUCUGUAACAAUUGUGCAGGUAUAUAUUCAAUUAUUUCACAUUGUCUUUAAUUUUUCUUUUUACAGGAAAAUGUUGUAUAUCAUUAAAAUCAAAUCCACUUUAUUGUAAUCCAUGAACGAAUGAUAUAGGUGGAUGUAAAGUCGUUAUUUUAAAUCCUAUUGUACAUUUUAAGACAGAGAAAAAUAAAAACAAA